ACGUACCAACCUGUAACAACAGGCAGUAUUUCGUUUCAAAUACGGCCGUGUCGAGAAACGAAGCAGGAUUGCGAUGCAAGGCGAUGAAAAUGACCCUUUUAACAGUUACAUAUCUCGAGGAACUGGACUGUUUGAGCAAUUUGAAAGCCGACACUUUUUGGACGAGCGGAUCGAAUGAAGAUAAAAACUGUGACUCUGAAAAGAAGUACGCGUGGUGCUCAACGGGCUACAACGUCUCUUCGUUGUUAGUCUCUUUGGACAAAUUUUGGCUGCCAACGACCGCUGCUCCUUCAACUCUUGAACGCUGUCUGGCGGUCGUCACGUCUAAAAAGGGGAUGGUGCACAGAAAAUGCUCAGAUUCUCUGCCUUUCAUCUGCCAAUUCUCCGUUGAUUGCCCUAAAACGUGCAGCAAAAAUAUGCCUUGGCUCGCGAGCUACCUUCAAUGUUGCGCUUUGGGAAUGGAAAGCCUAAACAUCGACAGUAAAACGGAGCAACUUGGCCUAACCAACUAUUCUCUUAGCUUUAAUAUAUCUGACUGGAAAGCAAACUUCAACUACUGGAGUUCCGGUACGUGGAAGGGGGCACCUGCGGGUCAGUGGUCUUGGUGCGAGCCCAGCGGGCCCUCAAUUUUCGCCCCGGGAAUCAUUUGGGAGCGCGGCCAGCCGGACAACAAUGGCGGGAACGAGAGUUGCGUUCACUUUCGCUUCGUUUUCAAUGCGACAGGCACCGUCAUGACCGACAGAAACUGCUCCAAUAAAUACAUUUUCGCUUGCAAGAUGGAAAUUACAACAACUCCAAAGCCAUGCACGGCUUUGUGCCCUAAGGAGACCUGCGUCCGAAACGACACCUUGUUCGACUCGGAUAAAAUUCUGAAGAACUUUUUCUCGUAUGGAAAUUGGUACGACGGGUGCGGACGCAAUUUUUUAAUUUACACAGCAACAGCUAACUCGUCCAAUUGGAAAACUGCUUGGAAUCAGUGCUGCGACAUCGGUUUGACCUUGGCCUCGAUGGAAUCGGCAGGAAAAUUGAGUUGCUACUCGAAAAUUAUCUCCAAGUUCGCUCCUGCGACCUACGGAGACUUCUGGCUUUCAGGAACAGACCUGGGAUGCGAUUCAAACUUCCGUUGGUGCUCACGGAGCCAGGAUUUUGUUGGACCUGAGCUUAGGUGGAAGGCGGGACACCCUCAAGCAGGUCUGGACUGCGUUUAUCUCGAGGUUAGAAACGGAUCCGCGCUUCUUGUGACUGCGAAUUGCAAUGAGGAGAAAAAUUUCCUGUGUGAGGUGCGGAAAAAAGCCACCUUUCAAAAGGGAAUGCAGGCGGAAUGCGCAGAAACUUGGGACAUCACAGCUGACCAGAUCGAUCUACUUUUAAAUGCGACAGCCUUUCUCGCAGCAUCCAUUUCGAUUAAUUUGAAGGUUUACACGAAUGUUCUAAUAAAAAUUUUGAAUAUCAAUGUUGUCCAAGGAUGA